AUGACGGCGGCCGAGAUGAGGGACAGUGUCUGCCCUACACCCAUUGACACCGAUCCAGAGUCUUCACUUGAGAAGAAGCACCAUUGCUCUGAUGACGACAUCUCUUCUACCCUCGACGGCGACGAAUCAGACCAAACAUGCCCAACUGACCCUGGAGAACCACCCGACGGCGGCCUACGAGCCUGGCUACAAGUCGUAACAGGUCAUCUUGUCGCCUUCAACUCUUGGGGCUACCUCAUCAGCUUUGGCAUCUUUCAGCCCUACUACGAGGACAAGUUCCAGCUCCCGCCGUCGACCAUCUCGUGGAUUGGGAGUUUAGAGGUUUGCCUCAUUUUCCUUGUGGGGACUUUUUCUGGUCGCGCUUUUGAUGCGGGAUACUAUCGCACUGCACUCCUCAUCGGUCUGUUCCUUCAGACUCUUGGUGUCUUCAUGACCAGCAUUGCGUCGGAGUACUGGCAAGUCUUGCUAGCUCAAGGCAUAGCUCAAGGACUUGGCAACGGUAUCGUCUUUGCUCCGACAAUAGCCAACAUGUCGACAUACUUUACAAAGAAAAAGACCAUCGCCAUUUCCGCUGGGGCCUGCGGUGCAGCCACCGGAGGCAUGGUGUUCCCCCUGAUCGCCCAACAACUCAUGCCCAAGAUCGGAUUCCGCUGGACAGUCCGAGUAAUGGGCCUAGUCGUUCUCGUGGCGUCCAUCCUCAUCAUGAUCCUAGCGAGGACGAGAUUACCUCCGAGAAAGGCUGGACCGCUUGUGGAACUUGCGGCGUUCAAGGAGCUGAGCUACGUCUUGUUUGCCGUAGCCAUGUUCUUUACUCUUUGGCCGACGUGGAUCUCGUACAACUAUGCUCGUCAAUACGCGACUGACAAACUGCACGGAACGGCUUCGGACUCGUUUACCAUCCUCAUUGUCAUUAAUGCCGUGGGCAUACCGGGACGGAUGGUGGCAGCUUGGCUUGCAGACCGAUAUUUUGGCGCCGUCAACGUCUUCAUCCCAACUAUCCUUUCCGCCGGCAUCUGCAUCUACAUGUGGUCCCAAGUCCACACCCUCCCCGGCGGCUUCGUCUGGGUGUCCGUGUUUGGCUACUUUGGCGCCGGCAUCCAAAGCCUCUUUCCCUCGACGUGCGCGAGUCUAACAAAGGACCUGAGUAAAGCAGGAACAAGAAUCGGCAUGGUUUUUACAAUCAUUAGUUUUGCUGCUCUCACAGGGUCACCGCUUGCUGGCAAGUUUAUGCAGAUGACGGGCGGUGAUUAUCUGGCUGCGCAGAUGUGGGGAGGGUCGAGCAUGAUGCUUGGGGCGGCAUUGUUGUUUGCGGCGAAAAAGGCUGAGGAGAGACAAAAGUCAUGA